CUGAAAGAAUCUUGGAUAAUUACAUGUAACAGUCCAGGCGGUUCACUGAGAGCCUUUUCGACAUUUCUCUUCAAAUUGUGAUAACUAUUGGAAAGGAAAACGAAUGCUGUAGUUACUGAGUGCUAAAGGGCUUGAGAACUACAAUCUUUAUUGAGCGGCGCGCGUUUUUUUGUGUGCUGUGGUCGUCUCCAUGGAAGUAGAGAGUUUGAUUUAUUGCACUUUCAUCAGCUUUCCCGCUCAAUAUAGCCUAAACAGGCAAUAUUUUGCUCCUCAUGCUUCCUUCAAUAGCAAGUGGACCGUUUGGAAUUACUACUAAGCACAUUUAUGGCUCUAACGGUGUGCACGGGAUUAGAAUUGUGAACAAAUCACAUGCGAAAGAUGAUGAAGCGGCAAGGUCAAGGAAUUGUCCGAGUUUACCGCUCAUAUCCGAAGGCUCUUUUACCUCACUUGUAAGUAGAAGAUCAGAAAAAUCUUUGGAAGAGGGUCAAGAGAAAGGAAACAGAGGUGAUGAGGAAAUUGUUUCAAGAGUUGAUCUUCAAAGAUCCACUGGUUUGAAAACUAAACAACUACAGUUGGAUUGUGAAUGGAAGAAUGUGGAUCGUGGUUGGUUCCCUCAGGGACUCAAUCCACGACUUGCUAACUCAAGCCGUCCCUCUCACUUUCCAACUAUGGGAUUGCACAUGAUGAGUACUUCUCAAAGACUGCUACUUCAACAAUCCCUUGGUCAACCUGUGGAAAGUUUGCGUAACAAGAGAAAUCAGACCACAGUAGAUAAGAAAGAAUAUCUGAUGACACUUGCUGGACAGACUCAAAUUAAUAAGAGGUAUAGAGUACCUUCAGUUUCAAGGGGUGGUCUUGUUCCUUCAAGUAAAGAAGUGUCUGCAACCAUGUCUCCACAUAGUCGGGCUGUGCCAAACCCACCUCACCCACAAAAAGUGGUUGCUAGUAGGCCAGAAGGCAUUGCCAUACACUCACGGUGCUGUUGUCGACACCAUAAACAGGAUAGUGAACAAAGAACAACACUUACAUCUAGGUCCUCAGAAAGUUUCAGAAAAGAGCGAAUGUUCAAAGAAAGAAUGGAAGGAUCCAAUAAUGAGACAAGGGUAAAGCCAACUGACAGGCCACCUCCUAGAAAACAACCAAAACUCAAUGAUAAUUAUCUACAGCCAAAGAGAAAGAGUAAAAGGAUAAAUGUACUUGCAUCAGACAGUGACAGCAGUCUACAAGAACAAAGAAAAAGAAUAAAGCAGGCAACUCCCAAAAUGGCUGAACAGAAACGCCCCAAAUCCCCGUUAAAAGUGGAGGAUAUAGUUAGUACAAAGCAAGUUCCCAUUGCUGACAGUCCAGCAAAAGAGAAACCGGAUGAAGUAAUGAUUUACAUUGAAAAUGUCAAUGAAAGCCUACAUGUGGAAGAUGAAAAAGAAGUUAUGGACAGCAUGGAGAUCGAAUAUAUUGAUGAGGGAGAACUCCAGGACCAGUCGAAUCGUGUAGAUGUUAUAUCAGUGACAUCUUUACGAACUGUAACGGCAUGUGACGCACAACGAUCUACCACACCCAGGCUUCUAAAGGUUUCGUCUGAACAACAAGCUGAUCUCUCGUACUUAUCUCAAGCUUUUAGAAAAUUGGACACCGAUUGUGAUGGACACAUAUCAUUCAAUGAACUAAAGAAAAGCCUACCACCGCAUUUAACAAGACAUCAAAUAAAUUAUCUGAAAAAGAUUUACAACAUGGCUUGUGAAAGCACCUACUUUGGUCUGGAAGAGUUCACUGCUACUCAUCAGAUGUGUGAUCUUUUGGAAAAAUCAAGCCCGAUGGUUUCAAAUGCCUUCAGCAACUUGGACUCUUCGUCGAUGGAUUUUUGGCUCAGUACCUUUAUGGAAUCGUUCAGCAAAGAAGACAAAAAUCAGAGUGGUAUCAUCGACAUGCAGUCAUUUCAGAACAUGAUGGCUUCUAUUAUCAACGUUCAUCCGAGCUCUUUAAUCAUCGAGAAAAUUCUUCGUAAUUUAGGCAAGUCCAAAGGCGACUCCAUCAGUGGCGUGGAACUACUGGCUUACAUCCCAUACUUUGUGGCCGUCGCACCAAAAGACACCUAACGUUUAAGGGGAAAGACACGAGUGUAAAACGUAAAGAGAACUUGACACGACACGACAUGCUACGUCAUAUGAAGUUGGGAGAGCCACGUGUUGUGCAGAUGCGUUGCUCUGAUUUGCUACUUUUAAUGUCACCUGGACAGUGAAGUCGUGUUCCUCGCGGUACAGCAUCGAUUGUCAUACAUAUAAAGAAAGUCUUCGACUACGAACAGAGAUCUUUGUGUUAAAAGGAUAAAUGUAUCGAUCAAAUGGAACACAAAACACACAAAGAACACAGGAUAAUCGCCUUUUGUGCCACUUUUCGUUCUUACCACAUUUCGAUAUAUAUCACUAUGAUUCUGACUGUGAUCAUUUGUUAUCAAUUUCUGAACAGACGCUCGGCAACAUGGAACACUUGUUGAAUGGAUCCGCUUUGGGUAGCGGAGUAGAUGUGCAGACUGCUUUGACAAUGUUAUGGUGGGGUCAAUUUGUUUUUAUAACAGAAAGCCAAAUCGAUGGAACUUAGAUGUCCGACGAGGGAAAACUCGUUAGCCAAAAUUGCGAGAGAACCUGAAUUUUUUUUGUAGCCUGAAUGAUUUGGAAACUCACGACGUGAUGACCUUUCCAACUAAAAUUCAGAAACUAAAUAUCUAUAAAUAAUCUUUUUUCGAAUGAUACAUAAUUUAGAAAGACAAAUUCUGCUAUAGUAAAUACGCGCUUCUGAUUGGUUGGAAGCGGAUCAAUUUACCCCAAAUUUCGUAUCGAUAGUAACAGUAAUAGAAAUACUUAUGACAAUUAGCCGAACAAUUAAAUUUUAAUAGCCCUCGUCUUCGUUGCUCGUUGGUGAAAGUAGAAUGAUAAUUGGCGAGAAAAGUUUAACACAACUUUUCGAUGUCACCCUAAGUUACAUCAUUUUCAAAUGGUAAAAUAGUAAUACAAAUUAGUAAAUUAUCGUUAUUCCAAUUCAAAAUUGUCCGCGAAAACUCGCUGAAUUAUUACAGACUUCAGUCCACUCACAUCAAAUCAGUACCUUUGCAUGAACAUACCCAGUGUAAUAAAGGCCUUUUUUUCAAAGGUUCCAAGAGCCUCGCCAGCGUGGCGUCUUCUCUAACCUUGGUGAAAAGCACCCAAGGUAUUUUGAACACGGCCAAAUAAACAGAUUUCAUUCAUCGGGUUUAGCGUGUUUUCUCACUUUACAGUAAGCGGUUUUCAAAAUAUAAUCCGUAUUAAAAGUAAUUUUGAUGA